GGAUUUCCCUCUUGCUAUUAACGUUAGCUGGUAUGGUACAGCCUACCGGUACGUAGUUGUUGUUUGUUGUACCAGUCAUAUUUGAUUUGACUAUUACCGCCAACUCGUUAGUCCACAUUUAGUAGUGGCGAGGUCGAGGAAGAACUGUAAAAAGAGCUGUGACUUUGUCUUGAAUUGCCAAAUUCGAAUUCUUUCGGACAUCAUCUACGAAUUUUCAAAUAUUUUGACCUGACGAGAAUAAGUUGAAAUGGCACUUUUGUGUUCUAGCUAUAACUUUAGAAUUUGCUCGAGUACAGUGGCAGCAGCCGCAAGAUUCUGUCGUAAUGCAUGAUAGUUAAGUUCAUUAUCAACAAGUACUCCUAGGUCUCUCUCAGCCUUGGUCUCUUCAAGUAUCUGGUCGUCGAUGUAGUAUGUAGAGUUAUUGUUGUUGCGACCCAUGUGCAUAACUUUACAUUUGGACAGAUUGAAGUUAAGGAGCCAGGAGUUUGCCCAUUUUGUGGCUUCAUACAGAUCUUUUUGUAGUGAUAGAUGUUGGCUAUUUGAAAAUACCUCUCCAUAAAUCUUGGUAUCGUCAGCAUAGAUCUGAAUAUCAUUGAAAACUCUGUACGGAAGAUCAUUGACAUAGAGGAUGAAAAGCUGGGGCCCGAGGAUGCUACCUUGCGCUACUCCACUGACUACCUGAGACCAGUCAGAAUACUCUCCUCUUAGGGCGUCUCUCUGGAUUCUUCCUACAAGAAAGGCCUCAAUCCAUUUCAAGACAUGACCAUCUAUUCCGUAUGCUUUCAAUUUCAUGAGUAAGCGUUGAUGAGGGACUGUGUCAAAAGCUUUUCUAACAUCAAGUGCACUCGGCUCUUAGGAAGGACUCGACCGAUCUGCACAUCGUCUUCUAACUUGCAAAGUGACAGCUCCCCUCCUAUCAGUCGUUUCCCGAUUCCAGAUAGAAAGACCCUUCCUGAUGAUCUACAGGAAGUUAUGGAUGAAGUAGAGGAGAAGGGUGGAUUUCUACCAAACGUCUUCAAGAUGUUGUCCUACCACCCCGACUCCUUCCGCUCGUUCUUCAAGUAUUACAAUGUCUUGAUGGAGGACAGCGGUGGCAACCUCACCAAGGCCGAUAAAGAGAUGAUUGUGGUGGCAACGAGCUCCGUCAACAACUGCAUGUACUGCAUCGUUGCUCACAGUGCACUGCAUAGAAUUUACAGCAAGAAUCAGACCUUGGCAGAUGAGAUCGUUGCAAAUGAGCACAUGGCAGCCUUGGACUCCCGUCAGAGGGCCAUCCUGGACCUGGCCUUGGCCGUCUGCAAGAACGAGCCCAUCACCGGAGAACACUUCUCCAACCUUGAGGCCCAUGGACUGGACCAGGAGGAUGCCUUCAUGGUAGGCAGCGUGGCCGCUUUCUUCGCCAUGUCCAAUCGCCUGGCCCACCUGACGAGCUGCAGACCCAACAAAGAGUUUCACCUGCUUGGACGGAUUCCGAGGGAGAAGAAAUAGCGAACCUUGACACAUGGGCGGAAAUCCCAGGGGGGACGUGCCCCCCCCCCCCCUACUCCAAAUAGUAGGGGGGACACAAUAUCAAAUGUCCCCCCUACUAUUUGUGGUCUUUCAUGAUGGUAAGAAAUGCAUCAUUAAAAAUCGAAAUAAAACAUGUAUUUUAGGAUGAGAUAUGAAGUAAAUAGUCGACUUUUCACUGACCUAUUUCUUCCGGGCCAAUCAGGCGAGCCUUACAUGACAGGACUUGUCAGACAUUUCAUCCGACAUUUACUAUACUAAAAGAGCUUCCAGCUAAUCUAAGCCAAGGAAAAUCAGAUCUGACAACUGUCCCAUGAAGUAAAGAAUCAGCAAUUUUCAUUGACUUAUUUCUUCUGAGCCAAUCAGAUGCAAGGAUUUUAGUAGCUUAUAACAGUUCUCAGUGAAAAAUCACCAUUUAUUGUUUUCAUGUAUUGCUCUCCAGGGGCCCUGGUGGGUGUUUCAGAAAGCUGUUCGUAAGAUACGAAUUACUUUAUGCACGACUGGUUUUCCUUUCUUGUGCUAUGUGAUAUCCCUACAUAAUUGAGUGAUGACCUAAGAACAUGUUCCAGUCGUGCGUAAAGUCGUUCGUAACUUUACGGGCAGCUUUUUGAAACACCCACCUGGUUCAUAAAGACUUACAAUUGUGGUAAAUUUGCGUUUAUUGUAACUUCCAUGGAAACCUUGAUUGUGAUUGGCUGCUGAACCCCGUUACCACGGUCGUUGGGACAAUGGCAAAGUUGGCCUAGUUGCAAUUCUUUUUGAAGCAGUCACCGGGUCCAAGUGUCUGAAAUAGUCUUCCCAGUGGCAGACGCUCUCGUCUAUUAAAAUCAUCUGAAACAAACUCAAGGGCACCAACUGUUUUUUUUUUUUUACACAUGCUAACGGGGUCUGCAUUUUUUAGCCUACCAUUGCCUCAGAAGAAUUUUCAGUGUACUAAACGUUCACUCUUUUGAUCUGAGUUUGUUUGAACCUGUGCUAGACUUCGGGGUCUGUGCCUGCAGACUACCUCGAAAGCAUGAUGGAAUAACUGUCAAAUUCUUAAUUUUUGUUGGUUUUUUUUUUUUUUUUUUUUUUGGGGGGGUUAAUUAUGAAGAUUCUAUGGUACAAAUUUACUAAGAAGUUUAAACCUGGGUUAUAGGUUUACCUCGGAAAGUGAACUGAAUUAAUCCAGGAUAUUAGGCACAUGUACACAUAAUAAUUAGAGAAUUGGAUUUUAAUAACCCCAUGCAUUCAGACUGCAGGUCCCUAUGCUAAUGAGCAAAUAGGCCAGAUUCAUCCAAAUCCUCUAGUGGCUGAAUCCGCCUCCCUGCAAGAUCUCCUGAAUCAUGAGAUUUUCUUUCUCUAAGAAUUUACCUUCUUUAUCCUUAAGUCAAAUUAAAUAUCUUUGCACAAUUGGACAGAGUAAAAAAAAAAUUUCUUUCAGAUUGGACAUUUAUUUUGUAUAAAAUAUUUUGAUAAGUAGUGAAUUUCAGGCCUGAAAAUAUGCCUCAAAACUGAAUUUUCUUCCUUUGUUUUCUUUUACAAAUUGUGCAAUAUUUUUCUUUUGAGCCUCGAAGAUAUCAAUAUCACCACAAAGCUGAAUUUCUGUACUUUCUCACAAUGUCACUCUUAAUAUGCAGCACCUAUUAAUCGGGUCAAGAUCACACUUUUCCCACCAAGGUACACGACGAGAUUUCAAAAAUUUUGGAGUAGCAUGAAAUCUAGAGUUCUGAUUGGCUGGAUAAGGCUUCAAAUCAACAAGCGCAGGUAAUUUGAUGAGAUUACCACAUGGGAAGUGUGACCUUGCCGUGAAUCCAGCACUGGAACCGUUGAGUGUAUGGUGUCUUUGACCAAUCAGAGUGCAGUAUUCUUGUUUUCAAGCUGCUUAAUGUACUUGGCCAAUGAAAAGUGUGAUCUUGAUCCGAUUAAACCAAUUCUUGUUUUGAAACCUAUACCAUUUUAAAGCAUAGGUAUUAAGCUUUAUCAUGAUCUAAAAAUCAUUUGGGCUCAAACAAAAUAUAGUGUGAAAAUAACUUUUGUCAGGUGAAAACGAUUAUUUUGUAGCAUAUUUUAGUUAAACAGUUUCACCUACAUUACAAAAUCUUUGAAUAAAAUUCAAACACAUGACCUGAAAGAAUUAUUUUUCUUCUCUAAAUUGAUACCAAAAUCAUGAAAUUUGAUUUAUAUUUAGAGCAGCAAUGACUGAAUUACAAAGCGGCGUUUUGGUCUGCAUCAACCUCAUUAAAUAUGCAAAUCCUCUCGAGUCAUGAAUAUCACUUGGAUGAUAGAAGCCACUUGUUGGGGACCUCCCUACUGACUGCAUGGCUUGAAAACUUUCUUGUCAAUAUGUAUAUUCAUAUAUUCAUGGGAAAUUAUAUGGAGUGAAUAAUUAUUGAAAGUGUACAUGUAUGUAUUACGUAUCACCAUACUGGUGUGUUGACUCAGUUGGUAGGGUGUCCGUCUCACAACUGGGAGGUCGGGAGUUAAAGCCCCGGCCGCGUCAGACCAAAAGACGCUAAAAGAUGGGAGUUGCCGUAACUCGAUUUGAUAUUCAACGAUUUAAGGGCAAAUGUUGCCAACAUCGAUCUGGCGCUGCAUAGUGGCUGUAGGGUCCAGGAUCAAUUUGGUAAAAUUAAUUUUUGGUCAUGUCACACACUAUUUCAUUCGUAUUUUACAAAACAUUAAAAUUUUCUAUUUUUGUAGAUUUGACUACUGAAUCAUAAUAAGAAAGAAUAAUUACCCACGUUUUCAGGUGGAGUCAGACCCUCUCUUACACUUCAAGAGGAAGAAGUGAAAUAUUUUUUUGUAUAAUAUUGAAACAGAAUAUUAAUAGUGAGUACUAGGCAUAUUUGUUGCAUGCUACCCAUACACGGUGCGUCCCACAUAAAGGAAACCUGUUUUUAGAAAUGCAUUUCAAAUUAUUAAAUAUGUUUCUAUUACAGAUUUGACACGUAUGGUAAGAGUGGAAUCUCUUCUUUAAUUUGAGACCAACAGCUUAGCAAAUCAUUCACACAUGGCAGAUUGCAAACAAUAAAUACUGAGGCAUAUCAGAGACGAAUAGUGCAGAAACUCAUGUGUGAAUUUGAAUCCACUCUCAUUUAGAGGUCAGUGACAGAAACUUAACAAAGAUUACAAAAGAAAUGCGAAUGAGCCUAUAGUCGAAUAAGCACAAUCGUCAUAUCGUUAACCAAUCUUUUCCGAUUUUUCUACGCAACCUGGUUUUUAAUUAAAAUUUCAAACUUGUCUUGCUCAUUAAUGCGUGAAGUGUUCGUCUCAUAUCAGGUAUCAAAAUAUAGAGGAAUAACUGAAUCUUAUGAUGAUGAAAAUGAAAUAUCAUAAUUUACUUGCCUUUGAAGAAAAAUAGGUGAAUCCUUGUUUCAUUUUUUCUGGGAUGCACUGUAUAUGUUUUAUCAAAAUAAGUGAAAAUCUAGCCUAUUCUUACGAGAUCUUCAGCUAUGAUUGUUUUAUUUCUAUUUUUUAUCAACUUGUUGUUGGAGUGGACUUGGACUUUAAGUAUGCAGAUCUGAUGAUUUUAUCUCUAAUCAUUUGAAAUUAAUAUAAUCAUGCAAUACCUAAUUUUUGCACUAUCUGUUAAAACAAAUGAUAUGCAUUAUGACUGAGCUAACAGUGUAAUCGAAAUUUUGUGUUAUACAUGUAUUCCAUUAUCUGAAAUCUGGAAUCAUUCGUUCAUUCAUCCAUCCAUCCAUUUAUUAAUUUAUUAUAGUUAUGAUAAAUGUGCAGUAUAUAUUAUGUUGAUCUUUUAAUGUGGGUGUAUUUGAUUUACAGUAAGUUCUAGGGGAAUUGUGUUUUUCACUUUGGUGGGGGGGGUCCUUACUUCUCUCCAUGCAUAGUAAGUAUAAUUUCCUUGUAUAUAUAAAAAUGAAAAAAAGUUUACAGGAUAAGGCUAUAUUAGGAAGCAAUGUUAUAAUAAUGGACUCAUAACAUCACCAUAACAGUUUAUAUAGAAGCUCCUGUAAUUGAUUCAAAUGCAAUGAUCAAAGUGCAUUGUAAUUUAAAAGAAGGGUGUGCUCAUCACAGCCAGCAGAAAUUGUGCUCUUAUAUAUUCCGACAUCUGUUGGAAUUAUUUCUUGAUUCCUAAUGUAUUCAUAAAUUGUGCAGAUAUUUAUUUGGUUGUGGUAUCUUAUUGAGAUUAAUAUAUCAAAAAUACUUUAUUCAAUAAAGGGCAUCUUUUGUACUGAAA